ACCAUGGACAGCACGUUUAUUUGCGCCGUCAGCGUGUGUGAGCUGCGACCGACCGAAAAUGGCGAGCUGGUGCGUACGGGCUGUGAGGCAGAGUUAUGCUAUUGUGGCAUCACCUGCUUUAUUAAGGGUGGCGCCCCGUCUCCUGUGUGCAGCUGCCCCACAGAAGAACCACGGGCAGAGCCCUGAGGAGGACAAUGGUGCCCCCAAGGUGGAGGUAAACGCAGCGGAGAAGGCGCUGGCAGAGGAGAAGGCCCAGCUGGAGGAGCAGCUGAAGGACAUCACGGACAAAUACAGGAGAGCCCUGGCAGACACUGAAAAUCUACGACAGCGGAGCCAGAAGCUGGUGGAAGAUGCAAAGUUAUACGGAAUUCAGGGUUUCUGCAAAGACCUGCUGGAAGUAGCCGAUAUCCUGGAGAAGGCGACGCAGAGCGUGCCCAAAGAGGAGGUGAAGGAGGACAACCCCCACCUGAAGAACUUGUAUGACGGGCUGGUGAUGACAGAGAUGCAGAUCCAGAAGGUGUUCACCAAGCACGGCUUGAUCAAACUCAGCCCAGAAGGGCAAAGGUUUGACCCGUAUGAACACGAAGCGCUCUUCCACGCCCCUGUAGAGGGCAAGGAGCCGGGCACGGUUGCCAUAGUCACCAAGGUGGGCUACAAGCUGCACGGCCGCACUCUGAGGCCAGCUCUGGUGGGUGUGGCCAAAGCUCCUUAGCAUGUUCCCUGAUGAAGGUGACAGGUCUCUGUGGGCACAGCCGGCGUUCUGCCUGGUGCCUGCAGGUCGGAAAUCCAACAACUGAAUGAUGUUUUUCUGGACUUCAAGCACAACCUGUCAUCACUGUAUUUUGUUUUUUCUAAACGUCACAAGGUCUACAGAGAUCUGUAGGUAACAUUUUCCAGACC